GGGGUACACUGUCAAAGGCCUUUCUAAAAUCUAGGUAGACAACACCAACCUUUUCACCUUUAUCCAGUAAGGACGUCCAGUCCUCUAAUGUCUGGAGCAGCUGUGUAACAGUUGAUCUUCCUGGGACAAAUCCAUGUUGGGUAUCGCUGAUAAGUUCAUUUUCCAUCCGAUGUUCGAUGAUCUUGUCUCUGAUCAGCGACUCCAUGAUCUUACAUGGUACUGAAGUCAAACUUAUUGGUCGAUAAUUAGUAGCUUCAGACUUGUUUCCCUUCUUAUGAACUGGAACAACGUGACUUGCUUUCCAUGCUGAAGGAAGUUUGCCUUCUCUGAACGACUUAGUGUAGAUGAUGGCCAAUGGUGUACACACUGAAGGUGCCGUUUCCCGUAAAAUGCAAGGAUGGAUACCAUCCGGUCCAGCACUCUUGAAUUUGGAAAGCAGAUCAAGUUUGCGAUGUACAUCCUCUGGGGUUAUGUCAAGAGCAGAUAAGCAUCCAGCUGACUGUCUGGGUUCAAGCUGUGGGAUGGAAGAAGUGUCCUCUUCAGUAAAUGUUGUCUCAAAGAAAGCAUUCAAGAUUUCAGCUUUCUCUUCAUCUGUUGAAGUGAAGGUACCAUCUGUCUUUUUGAGAUCAGGAAGCCCCUUUCUGGUCUAUAGAUUAUCAGAUGCAUAUCUCCAGAAUGCUUUUGGAUCCGUCUUCACAUUCUUCGCAAGGUCCUUUUUCGAAGUUACUUUGCAGUUCUCUCGUGAGGCAUUAAAGAGCCUUUGCUAGUUUCCUAGCUCUAGCAAUGUCAGUUAGGUGUUUAGUGAUUUGGGCUUGUUGCCAUGCACAAUGCUUUUGUCCAUGCAGUCUGAGUGCUUGAUUGUUCAUCCAUCUGUGCUUUUUCUUACGUCGUCGUGAUGACGAACACGGUAUGUGUUCAUAAUGACCUGUCAAGAUUGUAUGAAAGAAUGACCAUGACUGUUCAGUAUCCAUGUCCUUCAUUGAUUCUUCCCACUCAACUUUAUCAAGCUCCUCACAUAUGUCAUUGUAUUGUCCAAGACUGAACUGAAGUUUUGGAAACAGUGCUUCUUUUUCUGGAGCUGAGAGGGUGAUGGUCAAAACAAGCCCAAGAUGGUCACUCAAUCCAAGAGGAGGCAGUGAUUCAGUAUCAUCAAUCAAAUGGUCAUUAUUAGUGAACACCAAAUCCAGAGUGCUGUCAUUUUGUCCUACCCUAUGUCUUGUUGGGAAAUGGACAUGCUGGUGUAGGAAGCAGUCAGCUAUGGUGUCUAUGAACUCUAUAUCUGUGUUGCUUCUUCCAGUGUAGGAUUCCCAGUCUAUGUGAGGAUAAUUGAAAUCACCUGCAAUCAAAAGGUCAGCUGAGUUCUUAUUAGAGACUUCAAGCAUGAGAUCGCGUAGCUGGUUGUGAUUGCUGACAGAUGGACUUCUGUAUAUGUUGACGUUGCUGGCCGUCCAUAGUUGCGAUUGAUUGGAUCAAUCACAACUCUUUGUAAGCGGAACCCUGAAGAGGCGUCGCAGCACGCAUGACCCGCUAGGCCUAGAUCUAGUUACCUCUAAUAAAAAAGUCUUUAAGUUAGACAGCUGGCAGCCGUCUGUUUCAAGGAGUUUUUUCACAUUUAAAAUUUUUUUUAAAUUUCUCCUCCUACACAGAUGGCUCACGAUCAUGCAGCCACCAUUAGGGGAUUAACAUUAGCAAUGUAAAAUCCCCCCGACGGGGCUCAUCGAUUUUUGUCUUUAUUUCAUACAAAUAUAUAAAAAGAACUGGACCAAAAUAAAGAUUAUUAGAUCUAUUCCGUUUUGGCCUGAAAUGCACCAAAACAGGAAAAAUCAACUUAAAAGGACAAAAACAGUGAUUUACCUUUGCUGUCGCGCAACUCCCACUUCCUUGGUUUAUCCAAACUUACAUAAACAUAUGGCCAUUGAGUCCCUGUACAGAUCGAGUUAGAACUUUGGUCUCUGUAUUUGGUAAGUGGAGCCAACGGAGUUCAGCGGAACAACCAAUUUAACAGAGACAGAAGCUUUUGGUCUAAGUUACCUCAAGUGAUGUUCGUGCAGGCUCCACUCCACUUCACUACUGCUACACCUACCUGAACAUCAAGCCCAUGAACUCGCUCUGAUACUUCGAGUGGCAAAGGUGGGAAAAAAUACAUAUUUAUUGUAAAAUCCUACACCAAAAUUAGCUUAAAAAGAAUAAGAAGCUUAAUUUCUUACUUUUCAUCCUAAUUUCACUCCAUAUAUAUCCAUCCUCCAGUUAGCCUCAAAAUUGGUGAUUUAGAGCCAACAUCGAGUUCCUCACACAUAUAAAUAAUUCGCUGCAGAUUUCAAAACAUUGCAUGCGCGAGGGUCUGAGCUUUUUGACGAGGAAAAAAAGGAAGAAAUUAUAAAUAUUUAUAUUAAAUACAACCAGCCUAACCACCUUUCCGGAAAAAAAUUCGAAUUUUGGUAGCUCUCCGCGAUCGUAGAAGAACUUGGCUGAUCCUGAUCUCUUUGUCAUAAAAAUUCGCUAUUUUCCAGCAUAUUUUUGUGAAAGGUGGUAUAAGCUGAUUGUAUUCGAUAUAAAUUUAUCUUUAUCAUUUCUUCCUUUUCCCCCGUCAAAAAGCAAAAUUUAGGAGUAAUCUAGGAGGGUGCAAAAUUGCACCCUUUUCUCCACAGACAUUGUAGUUAAGGCGUCGGUAGAGCUCCACCACUACGAGCCUCGCCGUUAUUGGUCUAUUGACUGAAGGGAUGCUGCAAAGCCAGACAAAGUCUCAGCAGAGCAUAUCCCUGACAGAAAUAGACCUAUUUAUCGGUCUAGUCUCCAAUAUGAAAGAGAGUCUCCCAUAUUGACUGUGCACCUCUACUGAGUACUGACACUUGGCCAUGACAGUUCGACAGUGCAGUGGGAGCUUACCGCGCAGGGUGUGCACUUCCACAGGUGAUGGUCCAUGCAUGCUACACUACCGCAACCCUUGGGUUGAGUCCAUAGACAUUGGACCAUCAAUUCAUGACUUGUACAAAUUACUUUAAAUAACAAAAUAAUAACAAUUCACUGAAAACAAAUAUUUCACAUUUUCCCUAGGGAAAAUGGACUAUGCGUAAGGAAAAUAGACUAUUUCAUGGGAAACGUUUUUCCUAGAAAAACACACUUGUGUGCACUCUCAAUGAAACAAAUUUUAGGCAAUGGAUAUUUUUACAAUUGAUCAAGGUUUUAGAAAUUUUAUCGAGAAACUUUUAUUUGUCUUUUAAUUAUACUUUUACCACAGAUCUGGCUUUGAUUAUCUUGUUUGAUAUGAAGUACAGGUGUAUCAGGUAUGGUUUACAAUUUAACUUAAGUUAUUACUGUACUCUUACAGUUCUUUGUUUCUACCUUUAUUCAAUAGGACGGGUAUAAUGAAGGAAAGUAGAUGAUAGGCACAAUGUUUGGGCCAGUACAUCAUGUCCCAUCCCCCUACUUUUAUGAUCAGAAGAAAGUUAUUCAAAGGCCUAAGAGGAGACGCAAGCAACCUCAGGAGCUCCCUCGUAGUUUACGCUUUGCCAACCUCAAUCCUCGUUUAGCUGCUUUCCUUAGCAGCCAGGAACGUCAAAAGAAGAAGCAAGAAGCAGAAUCUUAUGAGGGACACUUUUCUUCUGACCAAACAUCUUUACUUAAAUACUCUGAGGAGGCAGGAAAUAGUUUCUUUGCUCUUCAAAACACUGAACUUUAUCGGCAAAUAUUCAGAAAUAGCUUUGAUAAUUUAACACUUGAUGGAGAACAAACUCAGAGACAGCUCUACCAUGAAUCUGUUCAAGCAGCUCCAACACUCUUAGUCAAGCUUACGUCCAUUCUCUAUCUCUUUGUGGACCAACAUCUAGAUCUUCCUCGGGAAUUAGUGAAUGCGCUGAGCUGUUCCUAUGAAGAACUAACAGCAGAAGCACAAUUUGAAAGGAAAGAAUGGCAAUGUAUUGAAAAUCUUCCUGAUGAUGGAGAAAAAGAAGGAGUGGAAGAUGGACUUGAAGAAGACAAAGACUUAGAUGAUAGUCCCAUAAUUGAAGAUACAGAUGGCAAAGAUAAGAAGAAAAAGAAGAAGAAAAAGACAUCUGGAGAGGACCCAUCUCAAUCACCUGCAGAUGGAUUUCAUGUUCCUAAAUCGAAAUUAGGGAAAGAUAUUCCUCCAGGGACUGCAAAAUCAGCUCCAGCAGGACGUUAUUUAAGUAAAACUGGAAGAGAUGGAAAACAUUCUGCUCUCAACAAAAGUCCAGGUCUAAGCAAGCGAGCUCAUACUGCAGACCUGAUUGGGGAAAGCCAAGAUGAUAUAAAAUCAGUGAAACAGAAAUCAGAUGAGAAAGCAACAAGACGUUAUAUGAAGAAGGGUCGUAGGCAUGCUACUACAGCUGUGGAGUAUUACACCUCAUGUUAUGUAGGUGGUGGUGUGGCUCAGCCUAGUUUUCUUCAAGUAAUAAGUUUCUCCAUUACUAAGGCUAAAGAGGAGACUGGUUGGUUGAUUCAGCAUGAAGAUGAAGAUGAGGCUGUUAGGAGAAGUAUCUUGGAGACUAUCAUUAUGAGACUCAACCAGUCAUCACAGGAAGCGAAAGUUGCUGCAUUUGAAGCUAAAGAGAAAGGCCACACUAAUCCACUAUCUAAGCGUUAUUAUGGUGAUAGCAGAAGAGAGGCAAUGGCAAAGUAUGGCAAGAAGUCAACUGUUGCAGUAGCUCCAAGACUUUCUUCUACCAGUAUGCAGAGGUUACCACCACCUCCUAAGCUUCCACAGGCAGCACCUGAAGAAAUGAGACCAAAAUUUCUGACUGGUUUACCUGAUGGAUCAAUAACUUUAUACUAUCCAUCAGGUCGUAUUGCAAUCAUCACAAGUCCUUCAGGGGAAAAUAGACAGGGACAUUAUACACAUGUGUAUGAGGAUGAUGAAGAAAAUUCCUAUCUUGCUGUGUUCACACCUACAGGAAGAGGGUGUGUCUCUGAUGUGAAAGGAACUAUCAGGUUAUGGUGUACAGAGAAAGGAGGCAUGAUAGCUGAUAAGGAUGGAGCACUCACCACCAAGUGGGAAUGGCCUUUACCUCAUCUCAGACUUAAUAAUCCAGUGGUUUACAAGAUCAAUGAUUACAUCAGUAUUCGCUGUGUGAAUAGGGCAGGAGUUUCAUUAACAUUCACAUGUCAUAAGGAGACAUCCAAGGUUUAUGUUGGUCAGACCAUCAUGGCUACAGAGCCUCAAACACAGGAAGAGAUGGGAUAUCUGGUGUUAGCUGAAGACACUUACACAUCUGUAUCGGCUAGUGAGAGCUAUGCCCCACCACCCCCACCAAAGCGGAAGAAACCCAAGGAUGUUAAUGUCUUGAAACGUACUCCUAAACCCAAGGUGGUCAUUGACCCUAUGGAAGAAAUCAUAAAGUCUUUAGAGCUGCCCAACAUUGGAGAGCAUGGUAUCCAAGCAGAGAAAGAACUCUAUACACUCAAAACAAAAGCAAGACACUUAUUAGAUGAAUGGAUGGAUCAUUAUCGUAUGAUACUGAACGUUUCCAAUCCUUCACUUGCCCGGGUAGGAAGUGCUAUUACCCCAAUCAGACACCGAACCCGUCUGAUCAAGUCUGCCAAGCCCAAGCUAGAAUCUGGAUCAGAACGUCCACAGUCUGCAGCUUCUGAUUUCUUUCCGCGUCCUAAGCUCCCUAUGAGAGCUCCAUCUGCUCCUGCUGUUUGUCGCCUGCAGGGAUCCAGACCAUACAGCUCUAUGUCACUUAAUACCGAACAGCCUAAGAGGGAUGAUAUGCCAGGAAGACAGUCUAGAGUAAGGAUAGAAGUAGAUGGAGUUGACCAAGGUUAUCACUCAAGGUAUUCAAGAGGAGGUUCCUCAUUCAGCAGAACUACAAGACUGAGCAGUCCACAGCGAAUGAUGUCAGGGAAGACAUCUAUAAUAGAAACUGAAGCAAGUGGAGACAAAGCAAGAAGAUCAGCUCCACUAAAAGGCUGUCCAGUUGCCUUACGAGCCGAGAUGUUAGGAGACAAUGUAGCAACAUGUAAGUGCAGUCGUCACCGUAUCCCUGUCAUCACAGAUUUAGAGCUUGAUAAGUUCUUAACAGCCCAGGUACCCCGUGAACAGCUGGUUGUAUUAUGUGUGGUUUCAUCUAUGUUUCCUGGAGCUAUGCCAUGUGGUGAUAUGUUGGUCAGACUCUAUGAAACCAUGAAUAGAAACAGGACUAAACCAUGCUAUCAGUGUGGAGGAGACAGGUAUAGACUCUUGAUAUACGACACUAUUGCAGCUGUACAUGGAACCACAAACAAACAACCAGAGCUUUAUAGAAGACACAAUGCAGUACCAGGCAUGUUCAUGAUCUAUGGUGGAGGUAAGCUGCUCUUCUGUGAUCAUAUCUUCAAUGGUUAUGGCAAUGCAAGGAAGGAUUUUCAAAAGCAACUCUCUAGAACUCUAAAAGAGCACAACAUGGGCCAUUACCUACCCAGAGAUUUCAGAUUCAGUGCAAGCCGAGGUAAGCAUGGACCAAGGUCUGCUUGGGGAGGAGAGAUAGGUGGCCCAUACUCUCAAUCAAAGAAAGAAGGUUUGGCUUUACCAGGGCUUGAUGAUCGUAAUGGUAUCGCCCAAUCAGUAUCAGUGUCCUCCCUUGCCAGCAGUAAAGCACAUUCUUUUGGUAGUAUCAUUCUUCCUCCAAGACCACAUACUAGUGGAAGAUACAUUGAGACAAGGGCAGACAGCGUCAUGAGAAGAUUACCUCCAACCGGUCAUUUAGUAGCUUGAGACUUUUCUGGAUGAAAACCUUCUAUCAUUUUGUGUGCUUUGGAGAUUAUUCUUGUUUACAGCGAUACCUGUACAAGAUGCUAAUCUGUCCAGAGUCCUUGUUGGACCUCUUUGGGAGAUUGAUUUUGGAUUGUCAUCUCAUACCAAAAGACAUUGUGUACAGGGUAAACUUGAACCUAUCAUCUGCCUGUCAUGAAAGUGAGCCUUACAGAGAGAAAAACCUACAAAUGAUCUUAUAGCACAAGAAUUGAUGCUUCAUUAAGAAUGAGCUUCUUCAAAGUCAUCUGGUAGCUUACGGAUCUUGGAUAAUCCUCCCCAAGUUGAUUAUAGUGAUAACAAAUAAAUGGAAAAGGGGAAACAGUUUUGCUCUUCCUGCUAAAUACUACAUAUCUUGGUCUAGUGGUUCCCACAGAUGGUCAUGGGUUGGAAUCCUUGCCAUGGCGUUUUUCCUUCUGCAAGAAAUUUAUCCACACUGUGCUGCAUUUGACCCAGGUGAGUGAGUGGGUACCCGACAGGAUUAAUUCCUUGAAUGCACUGGGUGCCAGUGAAGGUAGCUCGAGCUAAAGCCUGUGUUUUAAUAGCAGUGCUUUGUAUCCUCAGGCACAAAGCGCUUUUUAAAUCCAGCUAUUAUUAUUAUCUUUCAUUUGGUAUUCAUAUUUACAUUUCAAACAAUAUUGACAAAGGAAAGGCCCAACCAGGUCUAUCAUAGACAUGAGCUAAUUCAAGCAAUAUCCUUGUAAGAAAUGGAUUUGUCUGAAGUUGUAAGCAUAAUAUAAGGUCAAUAUUUGUACUAUGUCUAUUCCAUAUUGUUUUUAUCACAAGUGAAAGACUUGUUAUAUCAUAGGGGUAAUAAUAAUAAAAACGUGCCUCGAGUAAUAAUAAUAAAAACGUGCCUCGGAAUAGCAAUUAAAACUUGACAUGUAUGCAAUCUGGCUAUCUGUUG